CGUGGCCAAGCCGAGCCAAGACGUGGUCCAGCCGGGACAAGACGUGUCUUCGGCGCCAUCGCCGGGACAACUCGGCUUCGUCAGGUCAUCUGAAGUCAGACCAGUUACGAAGCUGGAGGUGUGGAACGCAAUGGGGGACUUGCUAGUUAACAUUUCAUCAAAAACUCCCGAGUUCUCCGUGAGAGGUCUGCCCCCGGCCUCGAACUUGACCCUCAGACUGUACACUUCAUCCGAAGAAAUUUCAUCGACUCCCGUGGUGCUGCAAGCCACGACUUUGGCGCUGCCGUCUUCACGGUCAAGAGGGGAACCCACGGACGCUGAGGUGGUGGUAGAGACGCCCGUGGUGUCGCCCACCUCGUCGCCCCUGACGUGGCUGGCGGCCGCCGCGGCGGGCGCUGUGUUGCUCUCAUUAAUUCUGCUCGUCGUGGCGGUGGUGCUGCUCCUCGUCAGACGAAGCAGGAGGAGGACGAGGAAGAGACGAGACAGUCGUGCUGAGCAGCAUGGCAGCACGGAUGGUAACGACGAAGCAGUCACCACGGCAGUGGAGGCGUCGGAGGAGUCUGGUAGCAGGGAGACUGUUACACUGGAGGAGAGCGAAUUUUGGAUCCGACCUGCAGGCCUACGGAAACAGCCGACCUCUCAUGGAUCACCUAAGUUCUCAAGAAGCCCUGCUUAUACUUCAUCCAGUUCACCGCUCCAGAAAUUUUCUGUUCCAUACCAGAGUUGCAGCGCUACUGUUCUUCAUACUGCGAACACCGCCAGUGGAGUUCACGCCUCGCCUCACGUGUUACCAAUGAGUGUUCACAACAUUAUGGGUGGUGUUCACACCCUGGUCCCGGUUAUUCCAUCACCACACAACACCAUGAGUGGUGUUCACACUCAACUCCUGUUCACACCAUCACCACAAAGUGAUAACAGUGCAGCUUAUUCCAAAGCAGGUAGUCUAGUGAUGCCAAGCGUCUGUCACGGAAAUUCUAAUGAUUUCCAGCCAACCGCCCUAAAUCCAUUUUCCAUGCAAAAUAAUGUACGGUCUUUUUCUGGCAACAAUUUUUCAAUAUCCAGUGGAACCUCCACCAUGACGAGUAAUGUUCAGAACCUGUCCAGUUAUAUAUAUUCGACAAAUAGCAAUGCUUUUUCGAUGCCCAUUUCUGUACAUUCAACCCCUAGCAAUGUUUUUUCGAUACCCAGUACUCAACAAUCAAACCUUAGCAGUGAAAUAUGGACAGCCAGUGGUAAACAUUCAACCCCUAGCAAUGUUUUCUCGAUGCCCAAUACUGUACAUUCAACCCCUAGCAAUGUUUUCUCGAUGCCCAAUACUGUACAUUCAAACCCUAACAAUGUUUUCUCGAUGCCCAAUACUGUACAUUCAACCCCUAGCAGUUUUCUACCCACGUCUACCACUGUUCGCUGCACGCCCAGCGAUGUUCACAAUGUUCCCAUUUGUACACAUGCACCGUGCACAGCCUCGGUCCCCAGCCAGCCCGCGAUCCCUAAUCUCAUGAGUGGGACUGCUUCUCAAGAAGAUGAUCUACUCCCUAACCGAUAAUAGUCUAAGUUUAGUAUGACACUUAAAUGUAGAUUUAUCUAUAAGAUUUAAAUACAAGUCUAUACUAGAAGACAUUAACUUUCUGUUAAAGUUAAAGGAGAAGAGAGAAUGUAUGUAUGUUCUAAUUAAGUUCCACGUGAUAUCUGUUCCUUUGUUAUGCAAAUUCAAGAAAAUUUAUUGGCUAAAAAUUACGUGAAAUUUGAGUUAUUGACUGCAGGUAAUCGAGAAAUGCUAAUUUUAUGAGAUUUAAUAUUAUUUUAUAUUAUCUCUGACAUCGAAUUCUAAAAACUUUUAUUAACGGUAUUGAAUGUUUUAUGAGUAAAAAACCUUUGAAAGCUCAUCGAACGAAUCUAUUCGCUAUUUUCAAACUGAAAUAGAAUUUUUUUAAACGAUCCUACAAUUCAUUUGUUUUCAAUUAUACUGAUGCGUGAAUGAGUGAAAGUCGGCCACUUUACGAUUAUGUUUAAUUUCGAUAAUGUGAGAAUAUUUGGUUAAAAUGGGCCAUUUGAAAAUAACACUAUAUCGAAGAAGAGAGGAAAUGAAUAUGAUUUAUUGUUUAACGAGAAAAUUCCUUCGUAAGUUACGAACAAUCGCUUUUGAAUGAUCUGUGGAACAAUAAAAAUAAAUGUUAACCCAACGCAGAAAUACGCGAAACUUCACUUAUUAUUUUCAAUGGUUAUGAGUUAGUUAAUACUAUGUCUUACGUAGUAGAGGCAAAACAAUGAAAUGAUUUGGUUUACUAUAAAGCAUUACCAGUGCGUAAAACAAUUAAAUCUUUCAGCAUUUCAAUAAUUCUAUACCUGCCAUUUCAAGUUUCAAGAAAUAUCGGUUCAUUUUUAAAUGGAAACAUUUACUAUUUUAAAGUCAAAAAAUGCUUUAAUGACAAAAUGUUUCAUCUCAAGUUUAACUUUAUGAUGUUUGUUUUCACAGAUCCAGUUAUUUAAUCGGUGUGUACAUGGCUUAAAUGUUCGCCAAUAAACAACUGGGGAAUGUCAAUCCUAUAACAUUUUUACUUUAAUAAAAGAGAAUAUCAAUUG